UAACAUUGACAGAAAAUAGGUCAAAGAUGGCGAUAUUGCAAACCUGAAAUCAUCGAAGCAAGAUUUAUUACAUUUUACUUCUGUAAAGAGAUAGUGUAAUUUUAGUCAGAACUUUCCACAAGAAAUGGAGACGGAAACUAAUGAUGUAAGUACAUUUCACCAGUGUGUUGUAUGUGAUCAAAUUUAUCAACAGUACAGUGACCUAGAACUUCACAAUAAAAUACAUGUUAAAGAAGAGGAAACUGAUGAUGAAAAUUGUAAAGUACAUUUCGCUAAGGUAACAACUGAUAUCAACAAACAUAUUAAAGAAGAGAAAACUGAUGAUGUUGAAGCCAUACAUCAAUGUAAACUGUGUUACGAGAAAUUUGAAUUAUACACUAAGUUAGUAGAACAUUGUGAAAUACAUGUUGAACAAGAGGAGUCUAGUUUGUCACAUCAAUGUACAGUUUGUAGCAAGCGUUUUGAACAAUAUUUAGACUUAGAAGAUCAUUGUAAAAUACAUGUAAAAGAAGAGAAAUCUGAAGCAAGCAACUCACAAAAAUGUAAACAGUGUGAUAAAAUCUUUGAGUUAUACACCGACUUUGAAGAACAUUAUAAAACCCAUGUUAAACAAAUAGAGUGUUCAUCACAUCAAUGUACUGUUUGUCAUAUACGUUUUACGCGGUACAUUGAUCUUGAGAAUCAUACAUGUAGUCAUAAACAGUUAAUUCUUACAACACAACCAAAUAGAUCUAAAAAUAGUCGGCAGUAUGUUAAAACAAAAGGAAAACAUCAAUGCAAUCAGUGUCAUAAAAUAUUUCCGAAAAAUAGUCUACUUGAGAGACAUGCCAGAGUUCAUACUAAAGGAAAACCAUAUGAAUGUGAUGUUUGUGGUAAGGCCUAUAAAGACAAGGCUUAUUUUGAGAGACAUAUCAGUAUCCAUAAUGGAGACAAUCGCAUUCAAUGUGAUGUUUGUUGUAGAUUAUUCGCUGAUGCUGGACGUCUUGAGAGACAUGUCAGAAUUCAUACUGGUGAGAGGCCAUAUAAAUGUGAUGUUUGUAGUAAAUCUUUCAAACGACCUUCUGAUGUGACGAAACACAUGAAUAUUCAUUCAGCAACAAGACCGUUUACAUGUGAGAUUUGUGGUGUAUCAUUCCAUGAAAACUCUAAUCUCCGAAAACACAUGCGUAUUCACACAGGAGUAAAACCCUACUCUUGUCAGGUCUGUAGUUGGUCAUUCAACGAUAGCUCCACCCUGAAAUGUCACAUGAGGAUCCAUACCGGAGAGAAGGGCUAUCAAUGUGAUGUUUGCGGUAAAUCGUUCAGGAGUAAAUCGUACCUGUUAGUUCACACGCGUAUUCAUACGGGAGAAAAACCUUACAGGUGUGAUCUGUGUAGCAGGGCGUUUAAUCAACUGUGCGAUCUAAAGAGACAUACCAGCCGUCACUCGGGACAGAAACCGUUCAAAUGCGAUGUUUGUAGUAAAUCGUUUAGUGUCAAGUCUGAUCUACAGGUUCACAUGCAAGCAAUGCACCAAACAUCAGGCCAAAAAAUGGAACGUUGAGGAAACUCUACAUUACAUCAGCUGAUUUGCCAUCAAGUUUGUAGUAAUUAAUUUACAUGUACCGGUAGUAGAGUCUUUUCGUCAGGUCCACGAGCAAGCAAUGCACCAAAUAUCAGGCCCAAAAAAAAUAACUUGAAGGAGACUACAUUACACCAGCUGACUUAGAUGUACCAUCAAAUAUGUUUGUAGUAAAUCAAUUAGUGUCUUGUCUUAUUUACAGAUUCACAUACAACUAGCAAUGCACCAAAUCUCAGGCCAAGAAAUGUGCAUGUUGAGGAACUCUACAUUGCGCCAGCUGACUUUCAAUCAAAUGCGAUCUUUGUAGUAAAUCAUUUAGUGUCAAGUCUAAUCUACAAGUUCACAUGCAAACAAUGCAACAAAUAUCAGAAAA